AUGAGUGAAAAUGGAAACAACACUCCACAUGCGCGGAAGGCCCGUCACAAACAUCACCUGGGACCGCUGAGCUACGAGAAUUUCCGGAAGGUGGACUCCUUGCAGCUCCAUGCGCCCUUCGACCACAAGGAGCGGCAUCUUGCAGAGACCAGGUCAAAGUGCCUGGAGACCGGCCGACGAGAGGAGCAGCUGGCAAAGAGACUCCGGCAGUUCUUAAAUGUUCUGGUCGGGAUCAGCGUGGGCAUUGCGGCGGUGCUUGUGAGAUACGGCUGCGAACUUCUGGGUGGUCGGCGGCGGGAGGCGUUCCUCCAUCUUUUGGAAGGUAAGCGGUCAUGGGACUGGGAGUUCGCUGGAGCCGUGUCGGUGGCAAUGGGUACGACUGCAUGCUUCGCUUUGCUGGCGACAGUAUGCGUCCUGCUCGUGCCACAGAGUUCCGGAUCCGGGAUUCCAGGAGUCUUGGCCUUCUUGAAUGGCGUUGACCUGCAAAGCUCCCUGCGUGGUCCGGUCCUCGUGGCCAAAGCACUGGGCACCGUCCUUUCCGUAGGUGGUGGACUGGCAGUGGGGCCAGAGGGUCCGAUGGUUCACAUAGGUGCCAUUGUGGGCAUGCUGGUUUGUCGACGUAUGGUCGCGCCCGCACUGCGCCGUUUCGGGCCGCUGUCCCGCCGCGUGGAGGAUGAACUCUCACGACAACCCUUGCGCUACCAUGUACAGGCGGCCGUUAUGGGUGCCGGAGCGGGAAUCGCUGCGGCCUUCAACGCGCCGUUAGCAGGAACUGUUUUUGUCGUGGAGGAGGCAGCUUCCUUCUUUUCAAAGCGCUUGUUGCUCCACUCCUUCAUCAGCUGCGCAUUUGCGGUUUUGACGUCGAACGGGCUGUCCGAUUUGAUGGGCUUGCCCGGCGAGUCUAUAUACGAGCGGACUGCAGCCUGUCUACGAAAAUCGUCAUGGCAAUCCUGGGUCCGCUACAGCUGGAUGCCAGUCCACGUCGCCGUGGUUGGAGUGCUUUGCGGAUUGCUGGCGAUUCUCUUCAAUCGACUGGUCGUCAAGCUCAGCGUCCACUUCAUGCUUGAGGCACAGCGUUUGGGCCGUGGCCGUGCGCUGUUCCUGCGUCGAUUCGUCUUCUCCCUCCUUGUUGGAGCUUGCUGCGGGGCCUUCGCGAUCUGCUUACCGCACUCGCAACCUUGCACCGAGUCCAGCCUUCAGAAUGCUUUCCACGGCAGCAGUGGCUGCAUUUUGGAGGACUGGCUCCACCAGUUGGUCACUGGCUCCCGCACGGUGAAUUCCAGCCAAAUCAACCCAGAGGUGCGCGACGACAACCCGAUGAACCGCACCAUGAGUUAUGUGCCACAUCCAGGUCUCUUCGGCAUCCAAUAUGAUCCGCUGAGUUGUCCCGAUGCGAUUCUGAUCAAUCCGAACUGCAGUGUGAACCACAUUGAGCAGAUGGUUCACCCAAAGCGGCCGAACGAAUACUGUUGCGGAUUUCGAACAACACUGGAGCUUAAAGCAGGAAAGUUUUUCAACUCUACUCGGCCAUGGGCUCCUUUGAAUAUGGGGCAGAACUGGCCUGCGGGCUCCUGUGACAGUUUGAAUUGGAACGAAGAGAACAAGAUCUUCAUGAACUACUACAGCCCUGGGGCGGCUCUGACGCUGGUGUCGCCGACGCAUGUGGUUCGAAAUCUAUUGGUGCGUGGUGCGCCCAUGGUGCUGCCCUUGUCCACCGUGCUGUUGUUCUUGGUUUUUUUCUUCGUCCUGGCAGCCUGCAGUGCCACCGCCUGGAUGCCCGGAGGUCUUCUCGUUCCGAUGAUGUGCAUCGGGGCGGCUGCGGGUCGACUCUACGGCAUGUGCUGGCACUGGAUGCUCGGAUUGACCACUGGAGCCGGAGUUUGGCCGCCCCCUGCCAUCCCGUGGAUCCCCGAGAUUCAGCAGCUCCUGGACUUCUGGCACCCCAAGUCCGCAACCGUGGAUGUUGAGCCGGGCAUCCUGGCCUUCGCAGGCGGUCCGAGCAAAGAUUGCGAAGCCAGUCCUGAGAUGCUGCAACUUCCGCUUGUUCCGCUUGGAGGUUGCGCAGCCUUCCUGAGCGGGAGUGCUGUGCAGCUCAUUGAGCUCUCUCCUUUGCCAGAAGCCAUCGAACCCGCGGCAGCUCCCGUGGCAGUGGUCCCCGAGUCUGAGCUGGGCCAAGAAGACGCGGAGGCUGUCUUCAAGGACAGCGCCAGCACGAGCAUCCCAGAAGCUCGAGAGAGCUCCGCUGCAGCCCGGGGCGCCUGGCAGAUGGAGGUUUCCCCGGGUCUUUGGGAGACUCUCUCUUCGGAUGUGAACAUGACUCUGACGGAGGCCUGCCAUGCAGGCCAGCUGGUGGUGCUCUAUUCCGUACGUGGUGCCCGGCCCAGCGAGGACGCGAGCUACGACGUGGACUUCCGCACCUUGCUCCAGACCAACCGCAAGACGGGGAAAGCCCAACAGCUCCGCUGGGAUCAGACUGCCUUGGCUCCAGGCUCUCAAGUCGCAGCGGGACCGGGAGCCCAUGACGGGGCUCGGACGAGAUAUCAGUGGGAGUUGAGGGAUGGGCUCUGGGCAGACUUCGAAGAGGAGGAGGAGCAGUACAUCGUGCGAGCGUGGAUGCAUGGUCAGGACUUCAUUCGAUACGAAGCUUGGGGUCUCGAGUACGAGAUCAACUUCCCAAGAAUGGUUCAGAUCAAUCUCUCGACAGGGAACAAACGACACAUUCGCGUAAAGCCAGUCGGGACCCAUUAUGCUGAAGUGCCUCGAUCGCAUACCGGAAGCGACGAGCCGGAAAAGCCGAAGGAGCCUGAAAAUCUGAGGAAAGAGGAGGCAACAGCCAAGGCCAAGACGGAACCCCGUCAGGCUCACUCCACAGCCAGGAGUGCCCCGGAGAAGAAGCGCUUCAGCCUGGGCAAAAAGCCCGGCGACCCAUCCGAACGCAAGGAAGAACCUCGCGGAGGACCCGGCGAACCCAGGGCCAGGCCCACAGGAGACAGAGAGACGCAGGCACCGCAGGCGCCCCGCGAAGAUUUCGAGCUCCCGGCGGGUGCAUCCUGGCCCGCCUUGCCUGCGGCGAGGGAGGAGGCAGGAGUGCUUUUCCAGCGUCUCUGUAACACACGCCAGCUUGCCACCGCAGAGAAGAGGUCGCAUUACAAGGCUCAAUGCUUAGCGUGGCAUCCAGACAAAAACCUGGACAAGCAGGAGGUGGCAACAGAAGUGUUCAAAUUCCUGCAACUGGUUCGCAAGCGGCAGUACUUGCUCAUGGUCGCCACGGAGGGCAGGGUCCUGGUGCUGCUGUUGGAGGUGUCCCUAGAGCCCUUCAUGAUUCCGGUGAUCUUGAUCUCGGUCUUGGCAGCACGAAGCACUACGUCGCUUCUCAAGUCACAUGGCCUCUACCACGAGCUCAUGAACGUCCAGUCCUUGCCUUUCCUUGCGGAGUCGGCCCACUGGCGACAAGGCCACUACACGGUGGAAGCCUUGCUUUGGGAAGAAGCGCGCACACAGAGGCAGGUUGCAAAUGCGCCAAGUGCUGGCGGCAGUGAACAGCUCCGGACCUUCACUCGUGAUGCCGACGACAAUCCGGAAGUGCGCGAGUUCCCGGAGAUCAUCUCAAUUUCCAGGACGGCCACAGAGAACGAGAUCACCGAAGUGGUUCAGAAACGACUGCCUGGAGACGAGACAACUCUGGUGAAUGGCUUUCCGGUGACCGGACCUGCUGGGCAGCUUUGUGGCCUCGUCACGCGAGAGGCGCUGAUGGGCCUGCUUGCGCAGAACCGCCACAGCGCUUCGACAGAGAGCUCACAACGACCACGGUCAGGCAGCAGCAUCCGGGACUCUGCACUGCCCUUGACGCUGCCUCCGGCUCCGGCUAACACGGUCUUAGGCGUCGAGGAUGUUAUGGACUCCGCACCGUUUGUGCUUCAGGCAUCCACACCGAUCGUUCACGCUCAUAUGCUGUUUGCGCGAUGUGGCCUCCGUCAUGUCGUGGUCGUCGACAGCGGACACAGACCAAUUGGUGUCCUGACCCGCAAGAGCCUGAUGCCCUGGCGGACACCUUGGUUGGACGAGUCGAACUUGCACCACGACACCUUUCUCGAGCAAAGAGCUGCGCACUCGCCGACAGCUUCCGCCAUAGCCUCGCGCAACAAUUCGCCGCCCAACACCCCGCCGCUGAGUCGGCAAGGCUCCUGGCGCCUGUCCGGUGGACUCGCUGGCAGCAACCCAACAAGGCUGGAACACCACCAACGGAUCCGGGAUGAGAGUGCUCUCAGCCCGUUGGUGGAAUCGCUGCGCCUCACCAGCCUGGAUGCUACACCAACGACCGGAGCUGAACCCGGCGAGGGCGAGGAGGGUACCCACGAGUUCACGAUAGAGGGAGCCUGA